CUUCAGUGCAAACGGCGAAGCAGACGCUGUUUAGUGUUCAGCAGAGUAGUUAGGCCCACAGUUGCCUCCCUAAUGACUGCUGCGUAAACAGCUGUUAUCCGGACAUCAUGGACAAAUCGCCCUAUGUGCUUUUGGAACGAAUCAACGUUGAUUCACAACUGGCGUUGGAACGUGGGAUCCAGAGUAUCCCGCUUGCCAAAAGGAAGCCAAUAGUUGUUGUGGAGAAGUUGCCCAAUGCCGUUAUCGAUGGAAUGGAUCAGAAGAAUGCUGACAGACCUAGGCAAGCAAGGAAAAGCUCUAAAAGACCACUAUCGCCAGCUCCACUAAGGCGGAUUGACUCCGACUCACCGAGCAAACGCGUCCACUUUGGUGGUGAAGGCUCUCGGAAGUACCCACACAUGAGAUUGUGGACUGGGACUAAGAGCAGUGGGAAACAGCAAGGGGAAUGCUCGAAGGAAAAUGGCACUAGCCAGUACUAUUCACAAAAGUCUUCAUGGGAGGACAACACUCCUGUACCUUCAACCCAGCCAGCAGUCUCAUCGGCCAAAUGUGCCACCCCGUCUGUGGUCCUUGGCGUGCACGGCAAAGGUAUACCUAUUGUUGUACUCCAGCGGCUCGAAGAUGUGGUUGUUAGCGAAUGUCACGAAUCUUCUCGAGCCUCUGUGGCCGUCAGUGACCAGCUCUCUGAGAGUGAGGAACUGAGUAGCGAGGACACUGAGCCCGAGUGUGGUGGUGGUCUCGAGUUCCCAAAAGGAGGUCGCAGAAGGAGCGCAAGUCACAGCGCAAGUCACAGCCUCCGCAAGAGGACCCCUGCCAAGUAUCAAGAAACGGAAUCCUCGGAUGACAACUGCCUGAAGCGCUGCAAGCAAUGUGGGCAGCUCCUGGGCAGUGUGUCAAUGGCAGCAUUAUCAAGAAGUUCAGUCACAGAGGAGCAGUUACUGCGGAGACCAGAGUUUUUAACCGAAACUGGGGAGAAGCCAGCCUGCAAGGUGUUCAAUGCCCAGAUUUAUGAUCAAUACGAGCACCUUGUUGCCCUUGACGAACCCAAAAGGCUCGACAACGUCCACCUUUUCUUUUCGGCGCAGAUUUCACCAGUGUGGGGGGAAGAAAGCGAGAGCAUUCAAUGCAGCGGUAUUGGGCCAAUAAAGUCAUGGUGGUUAACUGGGUAUGGCAGUGGUGAGAAGCCUGUGAUCGGCGUGAGCACUGAUUUUGCUGACUACUACAUCUCCAAUGAGCACGAGGUCUACGCUGGUUUUGUAAAGCCACUGCGACGUAAGAUGUAUCUUACCAAGUUGGUUGUGGAUGCCGUCAGUGGUGACCGUGACUGUAGCUACGAAAGCCUUGUAAAAAUUAUACAGGAUGCCGUGGUGCCAGAACUGGGGGAUGACGAAUCAUUCUCUGAAGAGGAGCUGCUGAAACAUGGGGAAUUUGUCGCAAAGCAUGCUUGCAGCUACGAUGAGGCUCGCGACGAAGACUAUGAGCCCACUGCACUCAAGGCUCCUUGCCUUCAGCGGCUUGUCGACCUGUGCCACAUCAAGAGACUCAACGUCAGUAAAGACAGCCCGCUAAAGUACUUCUCUCAGCCCACUGACACCUUGGCCACUUGCACACCACUGGUACGAGAUGUGUUCCACGAGGCAUUCGCAUCUCAAAUGUCUGAAGUGAACGAAAGCAGCGUUGACAAGACCAGAGGGCUAGGUCAGCGCAUGUGCACUUCAUGUAGGGGCUGGAUGCACAAGGGAGUUUCUUUUUUUAAGAAGACAGCGACUUGGUGCGGCAGUCCUGAAGGUACAGGAACGACUCGGAUCUACCCUGCUGUCAUGAUUGGGGAAGAAAAGAUUACUCCUGGCAGCUUUGUCACUGCGGCUCGUCAUGACCUUUGCUGUCCCAGGGUUGGGUGCGUCAUGCGUCUUUUUGAAAACAAGGCUAGAAAGAUGAUGGCACACAUACAGUGGUUCAUGUGCUCUUGUGAAACAAUUCUUGGUCAGAUUGGUGAUCCAUCGGAAAUCUACUUUGUGUGCGAUUGUGAAGACAUCCUUGUGACCAAGAUUAUUUCAUUGUGCCAUGUCAAGCGGAAGUUCUUCUACAGAGACUGGUAUGAAGAAGGCGGCAAGCCUGACACAGCCAGACUGUCAGCCUCUUGCCCUGACGAUGGCUUCUCCUACUCAAAGAUGUACCUCCCAGCACAGGGCCGCUUUGAAGAUGUGCCGGAGCUGACAAGGUCAGAAGACAGUCCAUGGGAGUAUAAGUGCUACAGCUGCCUCAGAAAACGGAGGGAAAAGAAGGCCAAUAGCUGCCGCUACGGUGAAGUGCUGUCAGGAGAGAAGAAUGGCAGGGUUUUCUACAGUUCAGUGAAGUGGCAAAAAGAAAACUACUGCGUGGGCGAUUGCAUCUUUUUGAACCCAGGUGCACUCGACCAUCAUCCCAGCAAGAAGCAGGCAUCACCAAAGUCCAUGGACACGUCUAAUGGGAAAGGACACGAGCCAUUUCAGGUUGCAUGCAUUCUGUCCAUUGUGGCCUCUAAGACCAGCAGAAACCAAAACACUGCUACCUUCAGGGUUAGGAAGUUCUACAGGCCAGAGGACACACAUCUUGACAAGGGUGCCUGUAGGAAGGAAAGUUUGAAUGUGUUAUACUACACAAAAGAAGAAAUGGAUGUUUGCUUGCGCGACGUCUGUGGCAAGGCAAAGGUUGUCUUCUCAAAGCGAAAUCGUCUUGACUGCCCAGGAAUUUGGGCUGUUGGUGAUGUCUUCGUGUUUUCAAAGAUGUAUGACAGCGCAAGUAAGAAGUUCUUUGAUGUACCACCCAAAGACCAACUUCUUGGACGGGAGAAAAUUGGUGAAAAGAUGUCAAGGCCCAGGCUCAGGACCCUUGAAGCCUUCGCUGGCUGUGGUGGUCUUUCCUAUGGUCUAGAAGCUGUAGGUGCCAUCAAAUGUUCCUGGGCCGUGGAGAAUAGCGAAGUAACAUCAAGGGCUUUCCAGCGCAAUUUUCCAGAGUCAAUAGUCUUCACCCAAGACUUCAACUCUUUUCUCAGCGAUGUGCUAAAGGGCAAAAUGACCAAUGCAAGUGGGCAGCCGCUGCCGCUAAGGGGAGAGGUGCAACUUCUUUGCGGAGGACCCCCAUGUCAGGGCUUCAGUGGUCUCAAUCGCUUCCGAAACUCUGAGAAGUCCUUACUCAAGAAUUCACUUGUGUCAUCAUACCUGAGCUGCUGCGACUACUACCGGCCACAGCUGUUCCUCAUGGAAAAUGUGAAGGGUUUCCUGAACUGUCACAAUGGACAGAUGUUGCCACUCACCUUGAAUUGCCUGCUGCGGAUGGGUUACCAAUGCACAUUUGGCUUGCUUCAGGCUGGCAACUAUGGUUUGCCGCAAAACAGGCUCAGGGUCAUUAUUAUGGCAGCGGCCCCUGGCCAAAUAUUGCCCAGGUUUCCAGAGCCAAAGGCUUCAUUUAAAUCAGUAGAACAAGCAUCGACUAUCAACAGUCAAGAGUUCCACCCGGGGACAAAAUGGACAAGGCACGCACCACUGCGGCCCAUCACCCUCCAUGAUGCCAUCUCGGACCUGGUUAGCCUGGAGCCGGGAGCGCCUGUGACUGGAACUUGCGAGCCUCUCACGCACUACCAGGAAAUGGUAAGAGGCAGCCAGGAGGGCAUCGUUCGAGACCACGAGUUGCUGUCCUUGUCACCAAUCACGCAAGCACGACUGGACCGCAUUCCUUUCUCUCCGGGUGCCAACUGGAGGGACCUCCCCAAUGAAAGGGUGCGCCUCUCUGACGGCACCUACACCAGCAUCUUGCCUUUCAAGACAUACAAGGGCAUCCAGGGUGUGUGCCCAUGUGCAGCGGGAGACGAGUGCGAGCCGCCGCCAGAUGUGUACAAGCGCACAUUAGUUCCAUGGACACUGGCACAUAAGUCAGGCCAGGGGGCUGCACAGGGAUAUCUGGACAAAGCCUAUGCACGGCUCGACUGGGACGGCUGUGCAGGAACAGUCACCACUCUGCCAAAGCCUGACAAGUCGGCAUUGCUACACCCAUCGCUGUGCAGGCUGCUCACGGUUCGAGAGUAUGCUCGUGUUCAGGGCUUCCCCGACAAUUUCGUCUUUGUGGGAUCGGCGAACGACAAGUGCAUGCAGGUUGGAAACGCUGUGCCACCUCCUCUUGCUGCAGCGAUCGGGCAGGAGAUAAUUAGGUCGCUGUCAUUUUCGUGAUUGUAAACUAGACUUAAAUGGGUCAGAAUGCCAAACCUUUGUAUAUAGUAAGAAGCAGAAUGUGUGUUUUUUCUUUAUUUUAUGCUACCAUUAUUUACUCACGGACUGUUGUACAUUGCUAGCCAAGCUUGCACAUUUAACUCCAAUGUUUUCGUGAAAAAUUAACUGCAUUGUAUGUAAGUUAAUAGUGUAUAAAGUACGGUGUGAAAGUCAUGUGGUUCUAAAAUUGACACUAAUCAGAAUUUUUCACUCGUAAAACUUUACUUGUUUUCUGAGAUACCGUUUUUUAAUUAGCUGCAUUUUUUAAAUAAUGUUUUUCUAUUGCAGUUGUAUUGUAAUUUUUAAAAAAUUAACAGUUAAAAAAAAUUGACCUCUGAUGGGGCCCUGCAGCACUUUUUGAGCAUGAUCAAACAACUCUGCCAAUCGGUAGUCGAGGCUUUCGAAAACAAACACCCUAGCCAAAUGUUAUAGUGCAACACACAAUCUGGAAUUCACAACAAAUUCUCAAAAUCAGCUAAAGGUUGCUUUCUCUUGUCUCGACAAAGGAAGCUAAAAAAUUACUUGUCACAGCCAUUGCAUCAGCCAUUGCCUGAUUUUAGCAUGGCAUGCUCAGUCGUUAGUGGGGCUGCAAUGGAAAGCUGCGAUUUGUCCACGCAUGCAUGGACGAUUGCACAAAAAAAGCUGCGUAUUUGAAGAAGAAAAAAACAAAAGAGAAAAAGUGCUCAAUGUCACGAGGCUCACGUGGUGUAUUUAUUUUCUCGUGCCGUCCCUCUUUGCUUAGCUUUCAGCACUUUCGGCAGGACAAGAGAAGAGAUAAUUGCAGCGCGCAAAACAGUUUUGUUACUUUUAUGCCACUGUUAUUUUCAUUUGUUUUAUUUGCUCUUGUGGUCUCUAAGAGUACAGAGAUUGUAGGGGUGUUACAAAAACACAUAGACAUAAACAGAACAUGGAAGGUAUUUUAUGUUGUACGAAGUAGAAAAAAAAAAUCAUGGUUUUUUGUCUCAUUCAUUAUUGUCCUGCUCCAAUACUGUACCUAUGCUGAUAACACCAACACUAUCAGCAGAAUGCUUCUGGCUUUGCAGCUAGUAUUUUUAGCUGACGACAUGGGUGGCUUGGAAACUGUUGAAGAACAGUUGCUCAGGGAUUUUUGAGCUAUGCUAGCAGCUGGAGCUAGCAUGGAACUAGCAUAAAGACUUUGCUGUCAUGCCCGAUUCACUUAUUUAAAACUCCAUAUUUGUUACAUCUGCUUAGCUGUUAGUACAACUAAGGCCAGGUUCAAGAUAUCCAGGUUCAAGCAAUCUUGUAGUCCUACUUGUGAGACAUGUUCAUCAGUGUGCCAGCACCUACAACUAUUACUUUCAUCUUGCUUUGAUGAAACACUAACUUUCUUUGUGUCAGUAACAUUCAAGCAACCAUGCAGCAAAAUUUUUUAUCUCUCUGCCACAGCCAUGUAAGUGAUAUGCCUUGUCAGGUUGUUUUCUCAUGUUGCAUCAGAACUACUGAAAGUACCUGUUAGGUAGUGCGAACUUGUUGUUUGCUUAGUGCAAUAUAGAAAUAAGUUUUUUGCUCCAUAUUUGUUACAACUGCUUAGCUGUUAGUACAACUAAGGCCAGGUUCAAGAUAUCCAGGUUCAAGCAAUCUUGUAGUCCUUCUUGUGAGACAUGUUCAUCAGUGUGCCAGCACCUACAACUAUUACUUUCAUCUUGCUUUGAUGAAACACUAACUUUCUUUGUGUCAGUAACAUUCAAGCAGCCAUGCAGCAAAAUUUUUUAUCUCUCUGCCACAGCCAUGUAAGUGAUAUGCCUUGUCAGGUUGUUUUCUCAUGUUGCAUCAGAACUACUGAAAGUACCUGUUAGGUAGUGCGAACUUGUUGUUUGCUUAGUGCAAUAUAGAAAUAAGUUUGUUGCUGUUUAUUGCAUGGAAUGUGAGGGGCUGUUACCUAACUGAAGCGGUGCUCUGACUAAGAAAUGGCUGUAGUUGUUCAGUGUGUUAUUGCCAUUUUACCUCAUUUACUGCUAUGCUCAUUGCCAUGUUAUGAAUGGCGAAGAAACUUAGAAGGUCACUGACAACCUGACUACCGCAGGCAUGUUGAAAUCGUGCAUCUGAACAUGAACAUGGAUGUAAUGCGAGAAAUGACUGGAGAAUGUAGAGCGAAGAGGCAGGGUUACAUUUUGAUUCUAGGAAGCAAAGAGGGCUUACACAUAUUAUUAAUGGUUCUGAUGCAGUAGCAGCCAAAGCCAGGGUACAAAUGUAAGAGUGGCUGGAGACGGCAUGAGAAUUUUUACAGGUACAGGCACCUACUGGUUGCUCUAUCACAAUAGUGUAAAAGCAAGUUGGUAAGGCCAACACAUAUUUUCAUAUUCAUAUACACAUUAAGUGCAGAAAUGCUUUAAAGGACUACUGACAUGAAUAAUUCGUAUCAUGUUUUUUUUUUUUAGGGGGGGGGGGGUGUAUUUUUCGCACUAAGUUGCUAGCGCAUACUCGGAAACGUCGUUUGUUGGAGCACUUAGGAAACAUUUUUAUAGCACCUACUUACAGCUUUGGUUUCAGUGGUUGUCGUGGAAAGUGGGACUAUGGCGUUUUCAGUAAUGCAAGCACUGGGUGACUCCCUGGUUUUUUUUCCAAGUAUAUUCGGUCGAGCACUUACUUGCGGUUUUUCUAAUAUUCAUAAAAAGUCUUCUAAGAAAUAGAAAUGGUUUAAAGUUGUACAGUUAAAUCUCUUUGUAAGAGGCAUGCUCCGGGCAGCAUUUCUUGUCUCUUAUAUGGGAUGACUCUUAUAAUUAGGGGACCUCAUAUUCAUUUUCUAUUGUAGUACCUAUAUUAUCUUGCCAAUCAUUUCACAGAUUUCAAUAAUUUAAAAUUCAUGUACAACAUGUUCACUGUGUUUAGCUACAUAUUCGUGAUGUGUUUGCCAAUAUAUCCAUCUAAAUGUCAUUUAAUGACACUACUUUAUAACAGUUCAGGCCAAGGAACAUCAUUGAAGCAGGCACAUAAUUAAGCUGCAGGCAGAAAACGUGGGAAAUUUUGUGUAAUGGACCUGUGAAGUUAUUAAUGUUCUCACCUGCUAGAAAGUUUCCGCAGUAGUGUACUAUAGUUGUAAUCCAAAUUUAUGGUGAGGACAAAGCCUUUGAUGAAAACCGUAGUUUUGAUAAGAUAAAUAGUAUUGAAAUUUUUGCCAGGACAAGGAGCUCUAUGGCAUAGAAAAAUCCACGUGUGCUUUUUUGCAUUACCAAGGAUUAGGCCUCAGUUAAACUGCUGAAGACUGGCGAUAUUGUCGCAAAAAUUUUGCACACUCUUUUUACCGUGUUAUUUAACUUCAAGUGGUGUAAUGACAGAUUGUUGCCAUAAUCUCUCAAAUGCACACGAUGUUGUUAGCCAUUCUACGUGUAGUUCUGUGUGUCAAUUUAUGUGCAAUUCUCUGUGCUUGUGUGUGCUUGUACAGAAAACUGUUUGUGGAGGUUACAUUGACUUAUUUGUAUGAUAAGUGCCGACUCUGCAUCCAUACAUCUAUGUUAUACAAAGAGUAUAACAAAGUACAUACAGAGGGAACUGUCGACGCAUUUUUUUGUGCAGCAGUGUUUGAAGCCUACACACUUCUUGAGUGGUACAGAAAUCUUUGAGAAUCUUAGAAACUUCUAUUCAAAGGCUCUGAUAUUAAGCUGUAUGUUUAGAUGUCUUUGAAAUUCGGAACUUCCUUCUGAGGCCAUGGCGUCUCAAAUAUGGUGUUCACAGUUGUGCGAGCCUAAGUGUACUGUCCAUAUGUGUUUGCAUGCGAUUUCUCUUACUUCAAAGGGCUGAAGUGGAUAUGUUUGUAUAUACGUUCCUAUAUACAAAAAGUAAACAUCUUGCUCUGCACCACAA